GUGCCGGCGGCGGCUCGGGGCGGGGCGGUGCCGGGGGCGGAAACAGCCAGGGCGGAAGCGGAAGCUGCGGCGGCUCGCGGCGGGGCAGAGGAUGUUGGACUUUGCCAGCCUGCUGUUGCCAUGGGUAUACCAGUCUUCAUACUCGCUGGUCUCCUUGUGCAUUGUGUGUUCUUGGUUUCCAUUUUUGACAUCUACUUCAGCUCUCCCCUGGUUCACGGUAUGACUCCUCAGCAGACCCCACUGCCGCCUCCAGCAAAACGUCUCGUACUCUUUGUUGCUGAUGGUCUGCGGGCAGAUUCGCUUUAUGAAUUGAACAGCAAUGGUACAUCCCAAGCACCUUACCUGCGGGGUAUUUUAGAGAACAGUGGCAGCUGGGGAGUCUCCCACACGCGGGUUCCAACAGAAUCCAGGCCAGGGCACGUUGCACUCAUAGCUGGAUUUUAUGAAGAUGUCAGUGCAGUUGCUAAAGGAUGGAAGGAAAAUCCAGUGGAAUUUGACUCUGUUUUCAAUGAAAGUAAAUACACUUGGAGCUGGGGAAGCCCAGAUAUUUUGCCAAUGUUUGCGAAAGGUGCUACUGGAGAUCAUGUAUAUACUUUUUGUUACACAGCAGAAAGUGAAGACUUUGGAGCAGAAGAUGCAGCCGAGCUUGACAUGUGGGUUUUUGAUCACGUGAAGAGAUUCUUUAAUUCUUCCAGAAGUAAUCAAACACUAUUCUCUGCACUGAAUGAAGAGAAAGUGGUUCUGUUCCUGCAUUUGUUAGGCAUAGAUACAAAUGGACAUGCUCAUCGGCCAAACUCAAGGGAGUACAAGGAAAAUAUUAAAAAAGUUGAUGAGGGUGUAAAAGAAAUUGCUUCAAUGAUUGACAAUUUCUAUGGAAAUGAUGGGAAAACUGCAUUUAUUUUAACUUCUGACCAUGGAAUGACAGACUGGGGAUCCCAUGGAGCUGGUCAUCCUUCAGAAACCUUAACACCACUGAUUGUUUGGGGUUCUGGGGUGAAUCAUCCACAGAAAGUCACAUCCCAGCCCUUUGAAGACAACUUUUUGAAAGAAUGGAAACUAGAGAACUUGAAGAGAUUGGAUGUCAAUCAGGCUGAUAUAGCACCGCUGAUGGCUUCCCUUAUUGGUGUGCCUUUCCCUUUGAAUUCUGUGGGAACUCUGCCUCUGGAAUAUCUGAACAAUAGCGCUCAUUUCAAAGCAGAGAGCAUGUUUACCAAUGCUGUUCAGAUCCUUGAGCAGUUUAAGGUUAAGAUGAGUCAGAAAAAAGAAACUACACUGUCAUUUCUCUUCACACCGUUCAAACCACUUUCUGAAUCUGAACAGAUCAACUUCUUAAGGAAAGCAAGACUGUAUAUUCAGCAGCAGAAGUAUGAUGAAGCGGUAUCUCUGUGCAAAACCCUGAUUAAUCUUGCUUUGGAAGGCUUGUCUUACUACCAUACUUACGAUAGAUUAUUCCUGGGUCUAAGUAUUGCCAUGGGUUUUGUGGGCUGGACGAUGUAUGUGGUUUUGGUGAUUAUCAAGACUCAUACCAAUUUGACCAAGACUGUCCAGGCUAAUAAUAAGGAGUCUGCUGUUCUCUUCUACGGUUUUGCCUUUGUUGGAAUGAUAAUAGCCUUUUUCCUGUUGAUUCAGACAUGUCCUUGGACAUAUUACAUAUACUGUCUCUUGCCAGUACCAGUAUGGUAUGCAGUUGUGAGAGAACUUCCUGUUAUUCAAGGCCUUGCUGCAAAUCUCUUGUCACUUCGUAUCAGUCAGUCUAUAGGAUUCCUCCUGGUUUGUACACUGGGAAUUGAAAUACUAGUCUUCAGCUUUUUCUACCGCUUUACACUUACAAUUGGUCUUCUUGUCUUCGCUGUCUGGCCAAGGAUCACACAGAUGUGGGUUCAAGCAAAGACAACAGCAUUGACCUGGACUCUUCUGUGUGUGCUCCUGGCAAUAUUUCCUUUAAUGCCCGUUGUAGGAAGAGAAUCAAACAUUCCUCUGGUAAUAACGACUGGUUUGCUGACCUUCUUGAUCUCUUGCUUCUCAUUGGCACCUCUUUGUAAAAGUGAAAAUAAGUACAGGAAUAGCGAAGAUCUGAAAGUACAUUUUUGUCAGAUGUUGAGUAUUGCACUUUCGACGUAUGUUGUGAGCAGUACCCAUGACAGUCUUAAGUACAAACAGGGAUUGCCUGUAUUGAAUCAAAUUAUUAGCUGGAUGACUCUUGUUUCUUCCUCGGUGUUGCCAUUACUGAGCCCCACGUUUCUUUUCCAGCGACUGUUCAGCAUAGUGCUUUCCCUGAUGUCCACCUACCUGCUCCUCAGCACAGGAUAUGAAGCUCUGUUUCCACUGGUGCUGUCUGGUGUGAUGUUUGUGUGGAUAAAUAUGGAGCAAGAAGCACUGCAGCAUUAUGGUCUUUCACUCAAGCCAAAGCUUGCUGUUUUCAACUUCACCUAUGCUACUGAUAUAACUCAGUUUCGACAGCUCCACCUAGACGAUGUCCGCAGGUCUUUCUUCUUUGUUUUCUUCAUAGUGACGGCCUUUUUUGGCACCGGAAACAUAGCUUCUGUUAACAGUUUUGACCCCGCUUCUGUCUAUUGUUUCUUGACUGUCUUCAGCCCCUUCAUGAUGGGAGGCUUGCUUGUGCUAAAGGUUGUGAUCCCAUUUGUUCUGGUAUCCUGUGCUUUUGAAGCAGUUCAAGUCACAACACAGCUGUCUUCUAAGAGCCUUUUCCUCAUUGUUCUUGUGAUUUCAGACAUUAUGGCUUUGCAUUUUUUCUUUUUGGUUAAAGAUUAUGGAAGCUGGCUGGAUAUUGGAACAAGCAUAAGCCACUAUGUGCUGGUGAUGUCAUUGACCAUAUUUAUGAUGCUGAUGAAUGGAUUGGCCCAGCUGCUAACUACACAGAGACUUGAACUUCCCAGAAGGACUAAACACCAUUCAUUGUGAUAAAGCUAUAAAUGUUCCUGCCUCAUUCCCACCCUCAAGGCUUCCUCUGAACCAACCUCCACCUCCGGACCGUAAAUACAAGUUAAGGGACUAGAGUGCCAAAAUCCCAUCUGAGGAUCAGAGUGCUCUGCUGGUACAGGUUAAAUGCUGUCCCGUGACUGAAAUCUGUAUAUGGACAUUGCCAUUUUGGCCAGAAAAAAAAGCCUCAGCUUUAUUCUCCAAGUGUACGGAUUUCUUGAAAAUA